GUGUGCCUCCUCCUUCUUCUUCUCGUGCAUCCAGUCGCACAAUAACACUGUGGCGUAGCGGGAGAGGCGCGUCCGGUCUCAGAGGGAAAGAAUCCAGCGAGUUUAACAGAAUCAACACUUGGGGAAAAUGACGAUUUGCAACUUUUUCCUCCAGGGUCGCUGUCGUUACGGCGAUAACUGUUGGAAUGAACACCCGAAGGGAGGAGGUAGAGGAGGAGGAGGAGGAACUGGAGGAGCAGGUGGAGGUGGAGGUGGAGGAGGAGGAGGAUACAACAACUACAGCCGCUCCUCUGGUCAGCAACAACCCAGAGGAGGAGGUGGAGGGUUUGGGAACAGAGUUUGGGUGAAUCCUGACCAGCAAAAAGGAAGCUACAUCCAGCCUUCAUCCUUCUCGUCUCAAGGAGGCGACGACUGGGGCCGAGGAAGAGGUGGAGGAGCGGACUGGGGCAAAGGAGGAGGAGGAGGAGGAAGAGGUGGGGGGAAUGACUGGGGCAGAGGAGGAGGAGGAGGAGGGGGGAAUGACUGGGGCAAAGGAGGAGGAGGAGGGGGAAAUGACUGGGGCAAAGGAGGAGGAGGAAAUGACUGGGGCACAGGAGGAGGAGGAGGAGGAGGGGGGACUGACUGGGGCCAAGUAGGUGGAGGGAGAAGAGAUAAUGUGAAGAGCGCAGAAUUCAGCUUCUCUCAAAACAGAUUCUCUGCACUCGAUAGUCCUACCACCUUCAACAGGGGAGGAGGAGGAGGAGGAGGAAACGCUGGUGAAGAAGAUGAUGACAAAAAACUGGAGGUCAUUCAGUUGGACAUGGAGAUCUGGGAGAAUUCGCACCAGUGGUGCUUCUCGUGUUAUUCUAACUCCAAGGCACCUUUAUCUGGUUUCACCGAUCUCUCUCAAGAAGAGCUCAGGUUGGAGUAUUACUCCACAAGAGCCUCGGGGGAUCUACAGAGCUACCUGAAUGGUGUCAAUCAGUUGCUCAACCAGUGGAGAAGCAGAGUCCAGGAACUGAAGGUUAUGAAUCCAGCCACACGCACUGCUUUGCUUGCAGAGUUAAACAACCCUGCAGCUCAGGCACCUUCAAGUGGCUUUGGUUCAUCGACAGCGACUGGAUUUGGAUCCUCAACAUCUGACUUUGGAAGCAAAGGCUUUGGGGCUCCAUCGCAGGCCGGCAGUUUUGCUGCCGCAGGUGGUGGAUUGGCUCCCUCGGCUGCACCUCCACCCUCAGCGGGAUUCGGUAGUGCCAUAGCAGCUCCGACACAACCGACCUCGGGAUUUGGCUCCUCUUCUGCUCCGUCAGCUUCAACCUUCUCUUUCGCGGCUCCAACCACCGACAAACCGGCAACCGCUUCAGGAUUUGGCUCCGCCUCUGGGUUCAGCUUCUCCUCCACAGCAAAUACUGGAGGAGGAUUCGGGAGCGGUUUUGGGACACAAUCGUCCGCUGCAGCAGGAAGUGGCAGCGCUUUCGGACAAAUGAGUGGAGGGUUUGGGACAGCCGCUGCUCCACCUGCAGCAGGGGCCAGGCCUGCUGGCGCUGCGCCGGACAGUCUCUUUUCACCUGAGGGCAAUCUGACUCCAGAGGAACUGAAUGAGUUCAAGGCUAAAAGGUUCACGCUCGGUCAGAUUCCUUUGAAACCUCCUCCAGUUGACAUGCUGGUUGUAUGAUAUGUGGGGAAACUGUGUGUGUGUGUGUGUGUGUGUGUGUGUGUGUGUGUGUGUGUGUGUGUGUGUGUGUGUGUGUGUGUGUGUGUGUGUGUGUGUGUGUGUGUGUGUGUGUGUGUGUGUGUGUGUGUGUGUGUGUGUGUGUGUGUGUGUGUGUGUGAGAGAGAUCAUCUCAAGUCCAUUUUUUUCAUUCCCCUGUUAUAACCGAGUGCAAAUAAAUCUUCCAUCCACCUAUAGUGUUUAACAGGGAUGUUUGUGAAUUUUAGUUUCCCCAACAGUAAAUAAACAGCAGAUCUAAUGAACGACUGAUGCAUCAUCAAA